UACACAGUUACACACGAAAGAGAUUUGGGAUAUGUUCUUCAACUAUUCGUAUAGUAAAAUGAUAACUCGUAGUUGCUUAUCUUAAGUUGGAAAAUUUAAAGUAAACAAAGAUGGAUUUUAUUCAAGAAGCAGUAUUUUUGGGAGUAGAUGUGCUUCUGCUAGGACUAUGCUUUAAGGAGUACUAUCAGUUCAAGAAAAUAAGUAGUGCUUUGAAGGAAGCUCCACAACUAUCGAUUGACGAGUCUCUACCAGGCAAAUUAUCGAAAAAUGAUGGUAAAAUCAAAUAUGCCGUGAUACGAGGAACCGUUACGCCGAUAGGUACUGCACUCAAAAGUGUAAUGUCCCCGUCGGUCACUGGUGUUUUGCAAAUUAUGAAGCUCAAUGAACAUCGGGUUGCUCGGGGUUUUGCCGGAUUUUGGGCCGAACAGAGAAAGUUGAUUCACAUCUCAUGCAACGAAGUACCAUUCAGUUUGAAUAACGGUAAAUUAGGGGUGGAAAUCGUCGAUGGACUGUCUGCCGAGAUUCUAGAUAUGGAUACGGUUUAUGACAACUAUGAGCCAUCCAGUUUAUCUUUCUUCGAUCAUAUGUUUGGUUUCUUUUCCGGAGUACGGCAAAAAGGAAUGCAAACAACGGAGGAAGUCCUGCGUGAUGGAAGUUUUAUUACGGCUGUGGGAGAAAUUGAAUUAGAUGGUAACAGCAUUAGAUUGCAACCGUCUUCAGUUGCUCCGAUGUUCCUCACAACUGCUACAAAGAACACUCUCUUGAAAAAAUUUGAAGAAGCUAAAUCAUCUAUGCUUUUCAAGGUUAUCAUUUGUGGAACGAUAUCAGCAGUACUGAUAGGAUUAAUCACGAGAAAGGUUUGGAAACGUAAAAAAAUGGAAUGGAACGAACAAAAUUUGAGAAACAGAUUGGAUAAAUCGCGGGCACAACGAAGAGCACUGGCGCGUCAACAAGUGUUUAACGAUGAACAACGAUGCGUGGUUUGUGUGGAUAAUCCAAAGGAAGUGAUCUGCCUGCCUUGCGGUCAUGUAUGCCUCUGUGAGAACUGUGCUGAAAAAAUAAAACUGAACUGUCCUGUUUGUCGAUCUAAAAUUGAAACAAAAGCGGCGGCAUUUAUUACUUAAGGAUCUCGUAAUGUACUGGAAUGAACGUUAAUCCUUUCGACAAAAGUCUCAGUUAUACUGUACGUACUGCACAUAUAAAAAACGCAAACUUA